ACACUCAUUCUUUUUUUUUUUUUUUUUUUUUUUCCUUUCUUUAUUCUUUUCCCGAAAAGUGGUCAUGAUUCCCUCUUUAUUCAAUGAAAAUGAUAUCACUGAUCAUGAUUCACUUUUACUCGAAACUAACCCAUCACCAGAAACUCUUUUAGAAACGCAACUAAAUGAACAUCCAGAUUUGCCAUUAGGAAAAGCAAUACACCUUCUGUUACACGUGAAACCACACGUCCUUGCCACCGCCAUUGACCAAGUAUGGAAGCAAAAUACUCCUUUUGAUCAGCGACCAUCGCCUAUUGCACAUGCUUUGACUAGCCUUGAUCAUCACCUUUCUCAACACCAACGUCAUCAUGGUAACGACGAUUCUAGUAUGGAUGCUAUGGUUCGACAUAUCUAUGAUCCUUUAAAGAGCAAGGUACUAAAAUCACCAAAGAAUAGCAACACCAACACUUCUUCAACAAACAGUCUUCAACUAUUAGCAGCCUUGGUACUAUGGUCUCCUCACCGUGCAUUAUAUCAACAGUGUCUUGAACGAGAAAUAUCUCCUUUGGAUAACAAUAUAAAUAACAACAAACGAGGUGCUCUCUCUGUCAGCUUACUCUUAUGGUUUAUCACUCAACAAUGGCCAUCUUUAUCGAAUGACAUGACACCAGAAACGGUAGAUCAAGUGAUGAUAAUAGCUAGAUUUAUCCCGGGAUUGAUUCAGAUUUUGGAUCAAGUUGGUGAAUUACCUACGUUGUUGGCGUGUACAACAUAUGAUACGCUCUUAACCAUCUCUGUCUAUGUAUUAGAUAUCUAUCUAUCACCUACGGAUAUAGAGUCAUCAGCAAUGGCAUCAGCAACGAAAUCUAUACCUCCCUAUUCUUCAUCAUCGUCAACAAAUAUAACGGUCAUAGAGGAAAAGGAAAACUACAUGGUGGAUGAAAAACAACUAAAAGCAGCACAUGAACUUUGGACGCGUUUGAAUUCAUUAUUGAACUUAGCGAAGAAGUGGCAACAAUCUUCUGAUCCGGUGACUCUUGGUGCUUGGGAUGAACUCGUUCAUUUUAUGAUUCAAAGUCAAGCUAUCCUUACGGGAUCUAAUCUAGAGGGAUAUCAACAGGUUCGAAAAGGUUGGAGAUGGCUUACAAAUGUUUUAUUAUCUUCGCAAAUAUUAUCAAAAAACCCUAUCAAGAAAUGGAAAACCAUUUGGACUCUCGAGGACAAGGAUUUAGAUAUGAAUCUGUCAAGUUAUCUCAAGAUGAUCAUGUUUGCCUUGAGACAGAAUGGAUAUUGGCUUCAACAUCAACAGCAAUUGCUAGAGCAGAAAGACAAAAACAUGACUAUAUCACCACCAUCAUCAUCAGCUGGGACUGAUCAACUGGAUUAUCAAGAGCAAGUGAAGUCUACCUGUUGUACAAUGGUAAGUGAGAAUGGAGAGAAAACCAAUAUGGAUGUUGCUCAUUCAAUGAUGUUCUCAUUUCUAUAUGAUGUAGAUUAAAUGUUAUCCUUUAUCAUAUCCCUGGUGUACAGCUGCUUGUUCACUUGGACAGACAUUGAUCCCAUUACUACUUGGCUUGACUCCUUAUUUAUGUGUGACUUACCAU